AGGGCAUCGCUGUGUUCAGUCUGCAUCUGGAUCCUAAACACUAAGGAUGCGGGGGUUGCGAAGGUAAGCAUGAGACAGCCGAUUGAAGGCGCUUUUGGAAUUGUGAUUUCAGUGCAUUGGGAAGUACUUCCACGUAUGGACUAAAUGACUAGUUGAACUUCCAGCGAGUCGGAGCCGCACAGAUCUCCCACCAAUAUCUCAGGAGUCAUUCACGAUGACCGAGGUACCGUUCGCCCUCGCCAUCCCAGACGCGGAUCUGGACAUCCUCCAUAAGAAACUGGAGGUAACUCGACUUCCAGAUGAGUUAGAGGAUGCGAGAUGGGAUUAUGGUGUACCCCUGGAUGAUAUCAAGAGGCUCGUCGCGAGGUGGAAGGAUGGGUUCGACUGGCGCGCCAGUGAAGCCGCGAUCAACGCCAUACCUCAGUUCACGCGAGAUAUCGACGUCGAGGGUCAUGACACGCUGAACAUCCACUAUAUUCACCAGAGGAGCGCACUGGAUAAUGCAAUUCCUCUCCUCUUCGUCCAUGGAUGUAAGUGUUCCACAUAUCUUGUACUAUAUAGAACUGAUUACGUUGCCUACAAUGUAGGGCCUGGACACUUUAUGGAGGUUUCCAAGCUCCUCCCUUUAUUGACGGCUGUUUCUCCUGAUCAUCCGAGUUUUCACGUCGUCGCGAUCAGUCUUCCGGGAUUUGGGUUUUCGGAGGCACCUAAAAAGAAAGGUUUUGCUAUCACUCAACAUGCGGAGGUUGGUCACAAGUUGAUGCUCGCCCUUGGAUACAAUGAAUAUGUUGCUGAAGGUGAAGAUUUGGGGCAUGUGGUGACUAAAAGAAUAGUCCAGCAUUACGGAGGAGAACAUGCCAAAGCUUGGCACAGCAACUGCGUAUUUACGGGUCCACCGUCUUUUACUUCGACUCCAGGACAAUUUCUCAAGUUCCUCGUGACUCCUUUCAGUGAGAGGGAGCGAAAGGACCUUGAGCGUGCUGCCUUGUUCCGUAGUAAAGGUAGCGGCUACUUCGAAGAACAGACGACGUGCCCUCAGACGUUGGGCUACUCCUUGGCUGAUUCACCAGUCGGUUUGCUUGCGUGGAUCUAUGAACAACUCGUCACUUGGACUGAUAAUUAUCCAUGGACCGAUGAUGAAGUCUUGACUUGGAUCUCGCUCUACUGGUUCUCUCGACCCGGGCCCGCUGCAUCCGUAAGGAUCUAUUAUGAGGUCGCUGCGGCGGGCGACUUCAUGAAUACCCAGUGGGUGUCUGUCCCUGUUGGAUUUUCUUAUUUCCCGAAGGAACUUAUCUGUGUUCCGAAGCUGUGGUGCCGUGCAGUUGGCAAUGUCGUGUUAGAGUCUGAGCACGAGAGCGGUGGACAUUUCGCUGCGCACGAGAGACCGAAAGAGUUGGCGGAUGAUUUGAAAAAGAUGUUCGGCAUUGGUGGACCUGCCUUUGGUGUAGUUGCAGGUAAAAGUGGGUAUACGACGGCUUAAUCGAGGUCACUUUGGAGCCUCAUUGUAAUGGCAUGGAUUCAUGCUUCAGGCGCUUCUGUUUCGUCUGUACUACCCUGUUUCUAAAAGAGAGUCUGUCAUUACCUUCGCGACGUACAUAUUCCAAAGAUCGAGCUUGGGAAGAGAUCGGAUCACCCCGAGUUCACGAC